UCUUGAUGACAUGAAUCUUGGGAAAAUAACAGGAUUUGUCCUUGAUAUUCUUGAAGAGUUAAAAGAAACCAAGAAGGGAGAUAAGAAGAAGGUAUUGAAAUUAGCAAUGGAUGAAAAUGAAUACAUGUUAAAGUUCUGGAAAUCAAUAAAGACUGAAGAAAGAAAAAUCCAAGUCCACAAGUUUAUUCAAUUUGCAAAUAUGAUGUUUGAUGUU